UAAGUCUCCUUGCUUUUGGGCCAGGUCAUGGCUUGUCUCAGGGAGCUCUUGCAGGGCAUGUCUGCAGUGCUGCUGACUUACGGGAUCCUGCAGUGGAAGAGCUGAGGAUCAUUACUUAGGACAGGCACAGGGGACACCAUGGGAUGGGUUUCUCCUCCCUCCCUCUCUGCAAUUUUUCACAUCCCUUCUGCUGCCUGCAUGCCCUGCGAAGAUGCCCGUGUCCCUUGUGCGUCCCCUUUACCAUGAACUGGAGGAACGUCCUGUCAUCAUCAGCCAGAAAUUCUUCGUAGAAGAAGCAGAGCACCUACGGAGGAGCAAAGAGUUGAGAGGUAAAGCCUCGCUCAUCCAGUGGAAACCCUGGGAUCUGCUGCACCCCUAAAAAAUGGGAUGUGCAAUGCCUUUCUAACCUGGAGCAGAGGCACUACCCACUGGGCAGGCACCCAGUGGUGACAGCCCCGGGUGAGAGGAAGCCUUGCUGUGGUGACGACGACGACGAAGCUGCUCUGAUUUCCUCCAAGCUGCGAUGACUCACCUGCUUCCCCCGACCGAAUGAAACCCAGGAGCUUCUGGCAGAGGACGAAGUGGAGGCACAAGCUGGAUUUGCAGAAGUGAGGCAGACGGUGCUUUUCCAGCCACGCCAGUAAAACCGGGGGGCUGGGAUCCUGCGUUGCACCCCCCCAUGCCCAAGAAGAAGAUUAAGCUGUGAGCAAGGAGCCGUCUCUUGCCUGGGGAUUAGGAUCUGGGGCUGAAACCCAACCUUGGAGACCCUCCAGUGGGAAAAGGAGAAAGAAAGAAGGAACCGCAACUGUCUUGCAGCAGCAGUCAUCUGUUUCCCUGGCAAGAGGAGGAAUCUGCUCCCCAGCUUCCCCGGGUCACUUUUUGAAGGCGAGCACGUGCUCCUCGGCGGCGGCCCCGGCUCGCUGAAGACGCUCGGCCUGUGCGCAAGGUCUGCAGGUGUGCAGGGCAGAGGUAAUCAGCUCAGCCUCCAAAAGCCCUCUCUGGCCACCACCCCUCCACUAGCCUUGACCCUGGCAGCACCUUCAAAGGGAGUAUGGCUCUGCUGCGGAGCGUGCAAUGUUUGCUCACUUAUCGGGCCAGCAGCUACCGCCUCCCUGCCCUGGGGGGUUUCGUCAACCUCCUGCAACACUCCGGGGGAGACCGGUCAGCCACCGCUGCUUGCACAAGGAACCCCCUUGUCCGCUCUGCAGCCAUGGCCACCUCGGCGAGCUCCCACCUGAGCAAAGCUAUCAAGCACAUGUACAUGAAGCUGCCGCAGGGGGACAAGGUCCAAGCCAUGUACAUCUGGAUCGAUGGGACAGGGGAGCACCUCCGCUGCAAAACCCGCACGCUGGACCACGAGCCCAAGAGCCUGGAAGAUCUCCCCGAGUGGAAUUUUGAUGGCUCCAGCACCUUCCAGUCUGAAGGCUCCAACAGUGACAUGUACCUGCGACCUGCUGCUAUGUUUCGGGACCCUUUUCGCAAGGAUCCCAAUAAACUAGUUCUCUGCGAGGUCUUCAAAUACAAUCGCCAGUCUGCAGAGACAAAUCUCCGCCACACCUGCAGGCGGAUUAUGGAUAUGGUGUCCAACCAGCACCCCUGGUUUGGGAUGGAACAAGAGUACACUCUUCUGGGGACAGAUGGACAUCCGUUUGGCUGGCCUUCCAAUGGCUUCCCUGGACCCCAAGGUCCAUACUACUGCGGUGUAGGGGCAGACAAAGCCUAUGGCAGGGACAUUGUGGAGGCCCACUACCGAGCAUGCCUGUAUGCUGGUGUGAAAAUUGGAGGAACCAAUGCAGAAGUGAUGCCAGCCCAGUGGGAGUUCCAGGUGGGACCAUGCGAAGGGAUUGAGAUGGGUGAUCACCUCUGGAUCGCACGCUUCAUCCUCCACCGGGUGUGCGAAGACUUCGGUGUCAUUGUGUCCUUCGAUCCCAAGCCCAUCCCUGGGAACUGGAACGGUGCUGGCUGUCACACCAACUUCAGUACCAAGGAAAUGAGGGAAGACGGAGGUCUCAAGCACAUUGAAGAGGCCAUUGAGAAGCUGAGCAAGCGUCACCAGUACCACAUCCGUGCCUAUGACCCCAAAGGGGGGCUGGACAAUGCCAGGCGCCUGACAGGUUUCCACGAGACAUCCAACAUCCAUGAGUUCUCGGCUGGGGUGGCCAACCGUGGCGCCAGCAUCCGCAUCCCCCGGAGCGUGGGCCAUGAGAAGAGGGGCUACUUCGAGGACCGCCGGCCUUCCGCCAACUGUGAUCCAUAUGCUGUGACAGAGGCCCUCGUCCGCACGUGUCUCCUCAAUGAAACUGGAGACGAGCCUUUUGAGUACAAGAACUAAGCGGACUGCGCCCACAAACACCGCCUUCCCCCCGCGAUUCCCGCACCCCUAAAUCUUCCCUUCUAGAUGUAAUCCUGAGGGUACAAGAUAACACAUUUUUUGUGUCUCAGUAACUCUUGUUGUCUUGAGGUGGGGAGGAGGGCAAAUUUAGUUUUAUCCAUGUCUGUUUGUCAUUGACUCUUCAGAAGAUGAGAGAAGGAAGAAGGUCUUUAGAGAACUUUUAACCACUGUUUUAUUAUUUUUUUUUGUCUAAUUCAUAUGUACAUCUGAUAGGAUCCAGUGGCUUCCAGGGGCAGACUGCACAAAAAACCCAGUUGGCAAGUGGAAAGCUUAAAGCUACAGCUGACUCCCCCAAGAGUCAGGUUUGGGGUGUGGGCCCCACCGCUGACUCUCUGCAGGCUGAUGGUUCUCUAAGGUUGGUUCCCUGCUGCGGAGAAGGGAAGAUGGAGCUCUGAUGGAGCCCUGUGUGCUCCUGCUUCUAUGGUGUGAUGGGGAGAUCUUUACCUUCUGAGGUUUCUGGGAGUCUUCUGGCAUUGAGCUCAGCCUAAGAGUGUUGAGAACUCCUGGUUCUGUCACUGGAAGUCAGCUGAUCUCUGGCUCAUAACACAGAGUGAAGUAGUAUUUUUCUAUUUAAAUAUAAAAAAAAGCCAACAAAAAAAUUGUAUAUGAAAGUGGUUGUUUUUUUUUUUGAAAAAGAACAAAAGAGAUGAAGUUCUAAUGACUCACCUGGCCAGAGCAGGCAGAGCUCCUGAGGAUGCUGUCGGGGCGGCCUCCAGGUGGGACCGAGGGUGAGCUUGGAGGGCUUGGUGGAGGAGACUUAUUUCAGAGAUUUAUCUCAGCGUGGAGUUCGCAGGAGGCGGUUCCCAGAUCCAGGAACCCCACAGAGUCAUUUGUCACUGUAACUCGAGCAGCUGCGACGCGCUUGUAAGUGCGUUUGAUCAAGAUGAGGAAGGUGUCCUGAACAAGGAGUUGACUGGUUAACAACCACAUUGUGGACAGAGCUGUGAGUGUUUAACCUUUCCAGCGGAGCUAGCAUGUCACUAAAGCAGGGCUGUUGAUAAAGGAAAAGAAAAAAAUUAGAUUAUUUUUUUUUUUUUUUAAAUUUCCAUAAUGUUCUUAGUUGCUAAAAUGGAAUGGUUUUACAAGAGACUGUUGAUGUCUCUGUGUCCUGGCUCUCGGGCUGCCUGCCAUCCAGCUGUGAUGGGGGCUGGGAGAAGGGAGAGGCCACUGGUCCCUCCUGGCCAGCCCUGACACCUCCCAGCUCAUGCUGGGGGAUCAGAUGUUCUGGGAUUUUACACUUGGGUAUCUUAGAUGGUACACGUUCUAUUCCGUUGUAUUUGGACUUCUUCCAAAUAGGUUUCUUUUUUUUUUUUUUUAUAAUUAAAAAAGCACAAAACCUUAA